AUGAAAGCCUCGCCGCUCAUCAUCAAUUGGCAUGAUCAGAAUGCCCCGAUUUACUCUGCCCACUUUGAGCCAAACGGCAAGGGCCGUCUCGCCACGGCUGGUGGUGACAACCACGUGAGAGUCUGGAAGGUCGAAGCCGACGGCCCCGAACGCAAGGUUGAGUAUCUGUCGACGCUCUCCAAGCACAACCAGGCGGUCAACGUGGUCCGAUGGGCUCCCAAGGGAGAGACGAUUGCUUCGGCUGGCGAUGACGGCAAUGUCAUCCUAUGGGUUCCCAGCGAGAUUCCAACCACCAACUUUGGGUCGGAAAGCCUAGAUGACAAGGAGUCUUGGAGAGCCAAGCACAUGUGUCGCUCUAGCGGAGCCGAGAUAUAUGACUUGGCAUGGUCGCCAGAUGCCGUGUACUUCAUCAUCGGCAGCAUGGAUAACAUAGCUCGAAUCUACAACGCCAGCUCAGGAACCCUCGUCAGGCAAAUCGCCGAACAUAGCCACUACGUGCAGGGAGUGACUUGGGACCCGUUGAACGAGUACAUCGCGACUCAGUCGUCCGAUCGAUCCGUCCACAUCUACUCCCUCAAGACUAAGGACGGCCAAUACACCCUAAGCCAGGACGACAAACUGCCACGGCUAGCGAGCCAUAUCAAGGCCGAUCUUCCUCCUCGACGAAUCUCCUCGAGCAGCCCUGCGCCGCCUGAAUUCGGCCACCGAGCCCAGCUAUCCACCGUGGACUCGGCUACGUCUGUGGGAUCACCGGCUCCCUCAGCCCCGAGCACUCCUACUUCAGCUCCUCUGCCCAUGAACCCGCCGAGCGUAAUCAGCCACAGCCGACGAUCUUCGAUUUCCUCCCGUCGCUCUGUCUCCCCAGCGCCUUCUCUGCCUCUUCCGGCUGUUAUGCCGAUGGAGACGUCGCCGAAGCCUCACCAUCCGCUCAGCGCCAAUUGGGCCCUGGGAGCGAAGAAUGCAAGUCUCUAUGCGAACGAGACCCUCACGUCCUUCUUCCGACGACUCACCUUCACUCCUGACGGAAGCCUUCUGCUCACGCCAUCCGGGCAGUACCAGAUACAGCACCAGACGGACAAGGACGCAAAGCCAACCUACGAAAUCAUCAAUACCGUGUACAUCUACACCCGAGGUGGCAUCAACAAGCCCCCGAUCGCUCACUUGCCGGGCCAUAAGAAGCCGUCCGUCGUCGUCAAGUGCUCUCCUAUCUUCUACACCCUCCGCCAGUCUCCACCGGUGACCAAACAUGUCACCAUCGACACCUCGUCCGCAGAAGAUACCAUUCCGUCCCUCCCAGACCCGGUUUCCAAACCAUCAGCCACGCCCUCUGGGGCAGCAGCCGAAAACAGCGCCUCAACGCCGGGCCCCAAACCCGCCUUUGCCCUUCCGUAUCGGAUGGUGUACGCAGUUGCCACACAGGACUCUGUCCUGCUGUAUGAUACACAGCAGAAGACUCCGAUAUGCAUAGUGAGCAACUUGCACUGCGCGACCUUUACCGAUCUGGCCUGGUCAUCUGACGGACUCACUCUCAUCAUCUCGUCAUCGGAUGGGUUCUGCUCUACGCUUACCUUUGCCCCUGGCGAGCUCGGCGAGGUCUACAAGGGCGAGGUCGGUGCCAAGGCAGGCUCGGCCAGCCAAAAUGCAUCCACCCCGACUCCCACGUCCAACUUUGCCUCCCCUUCCCCUUUCGCCGGCGGGCCGCAGCAUCAGCCGCGCAGCUCGGCAAGUUCAUUCACGGCGCCCUCUCCGCCAUCCGCAUCAGCGGCUCCAUCUCAUCGCCCAUCCUCGCCGGCAAGGUCGAACUCGACGUCGUCUGUGGCCACACAGCCUUCAGGCGUCGUGAGCAACCCGCCGCUCAUUAGUGGGAGUGUGCCAUCCAUCACGGCCGCCAGCUCCGGCAGGGUCACGGGCGUGCCGUUGACCACGCCCCCAGAAACCCCCAAGGUGGUUCCCGGAGCCGAACCUGGGACUACCACUACUGCUAGUGUGGGCGUGAAGAGAGACGCCGACGAAGCAGAGAAGGACGAUGGCAAGGAGCCAAAGAAGAGGAGAAUUGAUCCCACUCCUUCAACUCGUGAUACAGCCUCUUCUCCUCGCUAG